AUGAAAGCAAUAACAGCUACGCGCACCAAAGCCCACCUCUCCACCCUGGCGAUCCCAACCCUGACAAAACCAACGGAUAUUCUCGUCCGCGUUGCAACCAUAGCCCUAAAUCCCACAGACUGGAAACACAUCGCCUUCUCCAUCUCCCAGCCCAACUCGAUCGCUGGCUGCGACUUCGCUGGAACCGUGGUCGCCAUCGGCUCCGGAGUUACGAAGGCUUUGGAAGUUGGAAAUAGGGUGGCGGGGGCGGUGCAUGGUGGUAAGACUGGCGAGGGCUGUUUCGCAGAGUACUGUCUUGCAAAGGGGGAUUUGGUGGUGAAGAUCCCGGACGAAAUGUCCUUUGAGAAAGCGGCAACGUUUCCGCUUGGUGUGGCGACGGUUGGGCAGGGGUUGUUCCAGCAAGGACUGAUGCUGCCCUUGCCUUCGCCGUCGGCGGAGGGUGGGGAGCUCGGAAAACAGGGCACGGGAGAGUGGGUGCUUGUCUAUAGUGGUUCCACAGCCACGGGCUCCCUAGCCAUCCAAUUCGCGAAGCUGAGCGGCUGUCGUGUCCUGACGACCUGUAGCCCGGCGAACUUCUCCUUCGUCAAGAGCUUGGGAGCAGAUGAGAUCUUCGAUUACAGCAUUCCGGGUAUCGGUCAGCAGAUUAAUCGAUUCACCGAGAACUCCCUCAGGCUGAUCUUCGACGCAAUCGGUUCCGAAGAAUCCGCGGCUGUUUGCGCCAAGGUCAUGAGCUCCCGGACUGAGAUCGAAGGAAAGCGGUACGCAACUAUCAUCGGUCCACCAGCUGCUUUUGAGGAGCAAAAGAGUGUGAAUGUGAAGGUGGUGGUGACGAUGAUGUAUACCAUCUUCGGCGAAGAUAUGUCGUAUUUCGGCUCAGAGGUCUCUGCAGUACCGGCGGAUUUGGAGUUUGGGAAAAAGUGGAUGGGAUUAGUUGAGGGAUUGUUGAGGGAGGGGUUGUUAAAGACGCAUCCGGAGAGGGUGGGUGAGAAGGGGUUGGAAGGUGCUUUGCAGGGGAUGCUGGAUAUGAGAGAUGAGAAAGUUAGGGCGGUGAAGUUGGUGUAUCGUGUUGCUGAGACGCCUGCAGAUUCGAUGGCUGAGAUGGAGCUUGGUGAAGAUGAUGAGACCUAG